AGAAGAAAGCUAGGGGCUCUCUCUGUGUGGCCACUAUUUCCACACCAGCGCGCAGCACUGUGCGCGACUGCACCCCACAGAAGCACAUGUGGAAACACUAUCGUUCUGUCAGCCGACGGGAAAGUAAACGAGUAUGCAACGUACACAGCGUCGGUGAGGAAGACCAGCAGAGAGGGGAGAACAAAAGUGGAGGGAGCGCUCAGGGGUAGCCGAGAAGAGGGGGGAGCCAUCAAGGACAUAUUUUACGCACCCUGAUUCGCUAACGCGGAUUGGAGUGCUGCAACUGGGAUUGCUCGGUCUAAAGAACAUUGCUUACUCCGACCGGAGCAGGACCGUGUUUGUUUAUCAGCUAACUUCACAUUAGCUCGGAGCUAUUUAUUGUUCAGUUGGGAGGAGUUGGCAGCGGACGCCGCAUGUUGCCAGCAAGCCAGCUAAUCAAAGCAGAUCUCGCCGCGAAAGCCAUCUGCGCAUUUCAAAUGAGCGACUGAGCGAGAACAGUCACCGAUAUCGGAGUUUGAACCUCUACCUUCGUGAUAGGCUGCCUGAACACCUCUGAUUUCGUAGCGUGGCUGCUUUGGAAACCGCUUGUGUGCCCCCUUUGCUCAGAGAUUUAUGAGCUCCCUUAAGGCUAAUGGUUUCGCUGUGUUUCUUUAAACCACAGUGUCACCCCGGUACUCGCGAAAUGUUGAAAUCCAAGGUGUUUCUGUAACAGAGGUGUACCAUGGCAGGGCUGCAGGCAUCAGAAGCUGUGUCGGGACCCUUUUUGGAGCCCCCUUCACCGGACGCGACGUCCCAAUCACAAACCGCUGCUGCAGCUCUCGAUGUCUCGGUGUUGAACCUCAAUGACGCCGCAGCCGUAUUGACCCCGACGGGGACACGGGCAUAUCUGGACGUGUCACCGGUUACUGUGAUACCUGGCGGAUUCCCGGUGCUUGGGGCCGAGAGGGUGUAUACCAACGGGAGGUGUGAAGAACAAGGGAGCCCCAGAAUCGGCAGUCGGAGCCGUGAUAGCUCUUCAGAGAGGAGCCUCGGCGGGGGCACCACGCCAUGCGGCAUCAUGAAGGACGGCUCAAAGCAGAGGCAGUCACGGAAGAAGACGGUGUCGUUCAGCUCGAUGCCGAGCGACCGCAAGAUGAACAGCACGGCCGCCUGCAUGGCCUUCAUGAUGGAGGGCUGUGAGAUGAAGAAGGUGCGCUCCAACUCGCGCAUGUACAACCGCUACUUCGUGCUGGACGCCGACAUGUGCUGGCUGCGCUGGGAGCCCUCCAAGAAGGACUCGGAGAAGGCCAAGCUGGAGAUCAAGAGCAUCAAGGAGGUGCGCCUGGGCAAGAAGACCCCCGUGCUGCGCAGCAACGGCCUGUCCGACCAGUUCCCGGACGAGUGCGCCUUCUCCAUCAUCUACGGGGAGAACUACGAGUCGCUGGACCUGGUGGCCAGCACGCCGGACGUGGUCAACACGUGGGUGAUGGGGCUGCGCUACCUGGUGUCCUACGGGAGGCACGCGGUGGACGCCGCCGAGCCCGGCGAGCCCAGCCUGCGCACGUCCUGGAUCGGCUCGGUGUUCGAGCUGGCCGACGUGGAGAAGCGGGGCCACAUCGACCUGCUCCGCGCCACCCACAUCAUCAAGGGCCUGAACCCCGGCAUGAAGGAGUCGCGCAUCGAGCUCAAGUUCAAGGAGCUGCAGAAAGCCAAAGACGAGUACGGCGAAGACAUCAACGCCGACACCUUCGUGGAGGCCUACUGCGAGCUGUGCACGCGGCCCGAGGUCUUCUUCCUCAUGAUGCAGUUCUCCAGCAACAAGGAGCACCUGGACAGCAAGGACCUGAUGCUGUUGGUGGAGGUGGAGCAGGGCGUGGAGGGCGUGUCCGAGGAGAUGUGCCGCCACAUCGUGCACAAGUUCGAGCCGUCGGCCGAGGGCCGGGAGCGGGGCUGCCUGUCCAUCGACGGCUUCACGCACUACCUCCUGUCGCCCGAGUGCCACAUCUUCGACCCGCAGCACAAGCGCGUGUGCCAGGACAUGACCCAGCCGCUGUCGCACUACUACAUCAACUCCUCGCACAACGCCUCGCUCCUGGAGGACCACCUGUGGGGCUCGUCCGACAUCUCCAGCUACAUCCGGGCCCUGCGCAUGGGCUGCCGCAGCCUGGAGGUGGUGGUGUGGGACGGGCCCGACGGCGAGCCCGUGGUCUACGUGGGCAGCUCGGUAGCCUCGCAGCUGGCCUUCGGCAAGGUGCUGGACGUCAUCCACCAGUACGCCUUCGAGAGCUCCGAGUACCCGCUGAUCCUGUGCCUGGUGGUGCACUGCUGCGUGCCUCAGCAGCGGGUCAUGGCGCAGCACAUGAAGAAGAUCCUGAGCGACAAGCUGUACGUGGAGCCGCCGCACCCCGAGGAGCACUACCUGCCCUCCCCCGAGAAGCUCAAGGGCAAGGUCCUCGUCAAGGGCAAACGCCUUCCUCCCAACUACCCCGAGUCCGAGGGGGAGGUGACCGACGAGGAGGAGGGGCUGGAGAUGUCCAGGCGGCUGGUCGGGGCCGACGACAAAGACAACCUCAACGGGGUCAGCUGCAAACGUCUGCGCCUGUGCAAGGAGCUCUCGGACCUGGUCUCGCUCUGCAAGUCGGUGCAGUUCAGGGACUUUGAGACCUCCAAACGGGAGCAGAGGUACUGGGAGAUGUGCUCCUUCAACGAGGUGGACGCCAACCGCUUCGCCAACGAGUUUCCAGAGGACUUUGUGGGCUACAACAAGCGGUUCCUGUCCCGCGUCUACCCCACGCCCAUGCGCAUUGAUGCCAGCAACAUGAACCCCCAGGACUUCUGGAAGUGCGGCUGCCAGAUCGUGGCCAUGAACUACCAGACCCCGGGUCUGAUGAUGGACCUCAACCUCGGCUGGUUCCGGCAGAACGGCAACUGCGGCUACGUGCUGCGGCCGGCCAUCAUGAGGGAGGAGGUGUCGUACUUCAGUGCCAACGCGCGGGACUCCCUGCCCGGCGUGUCGGCGCAGCUCCUGCACAUCAAGGUGAUCAGCGGGCAGAACUUGCCAAAGCCGCGGGGCUCGGCCGCCAAGGGGGACGUGGUGGAGCCCUACAUCUACGUCGAGAUCCACGGCAUCCCGGCCGACUGCGCCGAGCAGCGCACCAAGACCGUCUCGCAGAACGGCGACAACCCCAUCUUCGACGAGAGCUUCGAGUUCCAGAUCAACCUGCCCGAGCUGGCCGCGCUCCGCUUCGUGGUGCUGGACGACGACUACAUCGGCGACGAGUUCAUCGGUCAGUACACCAUCCCGUUCGAGUGCCUGCAGCCGGGCUACCGCCACGUCCCCCUGCAGUCCCUGACCGGCGAGUUCCUGCCCAACACCACGCUGUUCGUGCACGUGGCCAUCACCAACCGCCGCGGGGGCGGCAAGGCGCACAAGAGGGGCCUGUCGGUGCGCAAGGGACGCAAGACUCGCGAGUACACCUCCACCAAGACCACGGGCAUUAAGGUGGUGGACGAGCUGUUCCGGGCCUCCACGCAGCCACUCAGGGAAGCCACUGACCUCAGAGAGAAUGUGCAGAAUGCCAUGGUGUCCUUUAAGGAGCUGUGUGGUCUGGCUCCUGCUGCCAAUAUGAAGCAGUGUAUCCUGACCGUGUCGUCGUGGCUGCUGAACAGCGAGCGCUCUCUGCGCGUCACCGUGGACCUGAGCGAGGCCUACCCCGCCAUGGAGGCCCAGGGGCCCGUACCAGAGCUGCUGCGCAAGGUCCUCAACGCCUACGACACGAUGAUCCAGACCAGUCGCACACUAAUCGAGUCAGCAGACGGAGUCUACGCCAAGCUCACACAAGCACAACGUGCAGGGCUGGACUUCCACGAGGACCUCCACCGCAUCGGUGCCAAGGAGGGCCUGAAGGGCAGGAAGCUCCAGAAGGCCAUGGAGAGCUACGCCUGGAAUAUCACCGUGCUCAAGGGUCAGGCUGACCUGCUGAAGCAUGCCAAGAGUGAGGCGGUGGACACGCUCAGACAGAUCCACUGUGCUGCCCAGUCCUGCGGCCUGGUGAAGAACGGAGCGGCGGGCACAGCCUCACCCGCUGCCCCUGCUGGCGCCGCCGCCUCCUCGCCAGUCUCCCCGCUGCCCUCUCCGCUGCCCCCUCCUCCGCCAUCGCCCCACGCCCUGCACCUGCCGCGCCUCGCCUCUCUGCACACCAUCCCUGAGAGCGAGACCCCGGAUUACGACCACUCCCCAGCGCUCUGAACUACACCGCACACAUCCACAUAGAUAAACACACACACACACACACACACACACACACACACACUCUCUCUCUCUCUCCUCUCCCUCUCUCACAUACUGUACACACACACAGAUAUAUACAUACAUACACAUAUGCACACCUAUACUGUAUGUAGACACACAUACAGUACACAUACAUAUACAGUAUGCACACACAGUGUACACACACACACACACACACAAAGUGUGUGAGUACACACUGACAUACUCACGCAUUUACAACCAUAUACUGUAUGCAGACACACAUUAAUAUGUGCACACAGAUGUACACACAGACACACACACACACACACACGGAGGCGCACACACUCACAUUCUCACACGUGAGCGGAGACUAACAGGAACAGGAGGCGUUUUUUCCUACCCCUCUUUCUUUGAUUGCUUUCCCCCUGUACUUUCCAUCUCCCCCUCCCUCUCUUCUUGGUCCAGCUCUCUUGAAGAAGUGAGUUCUCUUCCCCCUUGUUUACUUUAAAGCAUCUCCCCUCCUGCCUCCGUGUCAUCUGCAGUGUCUCAUCUCACUCCUGGGCUGUGGAGGAGGCAGCCAUUUUGACUCUUGAGUGCAACUCCGGUGGGACAUGUGAACCUUCUCUCUCUCUCUCUCUCUCUCUCUCUCUCUCUCUCUCUCUCUCUCUCUCUUUCACUCUCUCUCUGUCUCUCUCCAACCUCUAUUGCACAAAAUAAAUUUUGGAGAGGACAGAGAUGCUGAGACACUUUGCUCAAAUCUGACUGCGCUUAGUCAGGAACACACUUCUCACCAACGCAAACUUUGGCACACAUAUUGAAACUCUGGGUCUAGGAAAGAAUCCGCAGGGAGGCAACUGUGAGUGCAGUGUAGCCUCACUGGAUGGCCCUGUGGUGGAGUUUUAGUGGAGAGUGGUGUUAGCUCACCUAUCUGUCAUUUUUGCCUCUUUUUUAAAAUGUGUUUUUAAUUUCACUUAAACAAUUUUACCCCUCUGCAGUAGGCUUAUGGGGCUCUAUAAAAGGUGUGUGUGUGUGUGUGUGUGUGCGUGUGUGUGUGUGUGUGUGUGUGUGUGUGUGUGUGUGUGUGUGUGUGUGGGUGUGUGUGUGUGUGUGUGUGUCUGUGUGUGUGCGUGUGUGUUUGAGUGUGUGUUUGAGUGUGUGUGAACGUGCGUGCGUGCAUGCGUGCAUGCACACGUGUGUGUAUGUACGCGUGUGUGUGCGCAUGUUUCUAAAUAAGAGAGAGUAGGAGUGGAUAUGAGAGAAAGAGAUAUAUUGUUGUCAGUGCUCAGAUAAAAUCUUAAAGAUGUCUUUACAAACUGGAACUCCAACUGCUAUUAAUUAUGCAUCAGGACUGGGAGACAAACACAGUUUGGGAUGUAUAUUUUAAGGAGAGCGCCGCUCCAGUUCUGCUGUCCAUCACAAACAAACUCAGCCAUAGUAUCAACAACAGGAACUUACUGACCACCAAUCUCCCUUGACCAAUAAGUGAUAUCAAAUAGACUUGUACAUGGACACUACUCUAUUGGAACUCUCCUUUACAAAUGCUCUGCUAAUAAUGAUUAAUAUGAUUAUUUUAAUUAUUACUAUUAUUGUCCUUAGAUAUAUUAAUAUUCCAAUUAUUUUAUAUAAAUUCACGUGAAGCAAAUGCUGUCAGGAGACCUGUCUGUUAUUUGGUGUUUCCUCGCAGAUGGGUAAAUGACAGGGGAACUGACUGACUGAAGUACUGUGGGCGUAACAGGAGUGGCACUUCUAGAAGGCUCUGGAAAGGCCUCCAAAAAGGUGUUGAGCACGGUCAUGGCAUUGGUCAAGCCCUUCUUUAUGUGUGGAACACUCGAGCAGGCUGGUUGAAGCUGCUGCUACCAGGUAACCUACUUUAGGGGGUGUUUUUACAUCAGUGGACUUCCACCAUGAUGUGACCAUUAUGCAGGCCUAAAGGUGAAUGUCCCUGGCGGUCUGUUUGAGGAGCAGGGUAUCGGCGGGUUUGGUUGAUGUUCUCAAAAUGUCUGUGAUGUGUGUGAUGAUGAUGUUCAAACCGUCAGUCUGUCUCUGGUCCAGGUGGAGACAUAGUCUCUUUUGUAAUUAAAAAACAUUUGGGAGUAUUCAACUGGAACAA